GUCACGGCUGCCUCUCUUUGUCUUGGGCAAAUCAAUUGCCCCACUUCACUUUGCCUUUGUUUGUUAUUUUAACGGUGCCUUUGCUAUGUAAUCGUGUUGCUGUUGAAACGAAAAGUCGAUUGUUUUUCUCUGAAAGGUAGCUAAUAAUUUCUUUUGUUUGUUUAAGGUUUAUUUUUUCGGGGAUGUUAGUAAGCUUUGGUUAACGCCUUUGUGUCUUCUACUCAGUUUGAUCAGAAUCAUAUGACCCUGGAAGUCGUGCCACAGCAGGGCAGAAAUCAACUCCUCUGAGUGCCAACCAUCCUCCGGCCACCAGAGCAGACCUGCCGGCUUGACCAUGUCAGGAGCCAGUAUUCCUGUACCAUUCAAAUUUCGGUCCCGCCGUGAGAGUGUGGACUGGCGUAAGAUUAAUGCAAUUGAUGUGGACCGGGUAGCCAGUGAGCUAAACUUUCAGAUGCUCCAGGACCACAUUGCAGGGGUGACCUUCUGCAACUUAGAAGGUGAGCGGUGCCUGAACUGUCAGAGCCACGUGGACCCAGCCCUGCUCAAACUAUUCCGGCUAGCCCAACUCACAAUUGAAUACUUGCUGCACUCUCAGGACUGUCUGGCUCUCAGACUGCAGGCUGCUGAGGAGCAGCUUCAGACUGAGGCCACAGAGAAGCAGCAUCUCCAGCUGCAUCUGCAAAAGCAGACCCAAUUUAACAAGUCCUUAAAAGAAGAGUUAAAGCAGCGGAGGCGGAUUAUUGCCUCUCAGCAAGCCAUGAUCAGUGCAGGUUUGGCUGAUUAUAAUAAGUGCAAAUAUUGUGAAAAAGCCUUCAUGAACGCAUCCUUCCUGAAAAGUCACAUGCAACGUAGACAUCCUAUAGAGCAUGACAAACUGAUCUCUGAUAAUCAGGAGGAUCUUCAGACGAUAAAAUUACAAGAAGAGAUAAUCAAGCUGCAAGAACAGUUAACACUGGCUAAAUCUGAAAUGGAGAUUCUGCAAAAAGAUUACAACACCAAACAGGAGAUGGAUCUAAAACAGAAACAGGCAGACUUCAUGAAACAGCUGGAAUCCUGGAAGGAAAAUGAGCACGUACGCAUGAACAGCAAAAUAGAUGAAGUUAAGCAGGCCUGUCAGAGAGACAUGGACACAUUGCACCAGAAAAACAAAAACCUAGUGAAACAAAUGCUGUUGUUGCAGCAAAGCAGUAAGACGCAGGAGAACAUGCAGCAUGUGCAGGGACAGGCAAGUUCUGUGCAGAACAGUGAAGAUAAACAAAACCAGGUGGUUGCUGAGCUUCAACAGAAGCUCUACAAUCAGGAAAUUAGGUGGACAGAAGAAAGGCAAAAAAUUAAGGAAGAAUAUGAGACUGAGAGAAACCAGCUCCAGACAGCAUUGGCCCAGAUGAAUUCCACUGCCUCCAAGGAGAAAAAAAGGGUAGAGAGAAAGGUUAAGGAACUGGAACUCCGACUGGAAGAGCAGCAGAAGACCAUCACAUUACAAAACAUGCAGAUAAAUUCUUUUACUGCAAAGUCACCUAAAUCAACAAUACAAGAAGAAGCUCCAGAACCUAAAACAAGAGUGGUGGUCAAUGAGCAUUCCAGCUUGGUCUGUAAAUUGGAUCCUAUAGUGGAGCUUUCAGAAGAAGACAAAGAGUCAUCAAGCUUCUCAGAAGGUCAUUCUGACAGUAAGUCAAUGCAGCAGAAAGUGAAUGAGCUACUGAUGAAUCCCAGUCUCAAGAGGAGGGACCUGCACUUGGCUGUGCAGAGAAGCCUCCACGACAAGCUGUUACACUUAGGCAUUGAUCCUGCUGUUGGUGGGAUCUCUAGGGCAACAUAUGAGAAUGCCAUGGCUCAUGUGGUCUCUGAAAGGCAGCAGAGUCAGAAGGAAUAUGCUGAGUACCGUAAUAUACACAAAUAUCUCCGCCAAAAUCUAGACAAGCUGGUUAAGGAAAGGCAAACGCAGCCCAUCAAGCCCAGUCAACCAGUCCAAAUGCUACCUCAGUCUAGGCCACGGUACAGCAGUUUUCCUGCCAGACAGCAGUACACACUGCAGCCAGCUCAUCAAAACAGCACUGCAACUUAUCCCACAACCUCCACACAAAUGGCACCUCACAAAACCUCUAAAUUGAGUCUUGUUGAAGCCUCCAAAGGAGAAGAGAAUAGGAAAGCCCAAUUGAGAAGCUGCUUCCUGGGAAUUCAGCAAUACACUGCUUCCCCAGCUCAAGCUUCAUUUCAGAAUGCAGCACAGUGCUCUGGAACUCACCGGACCCCAGUGUUUAGCAUUAACAAGAUGAAGGUUACUGUGCCAGAAAGUGACAGUGAGUGGACAGAAGGCAGUGAGAUGGAGGAGAUUUCCCUAGAUCAAUUGCAGAAGCACACUGACCAGAAUGGAAAUGUGACUGAGACUUUCUGCAGUAAUGUAAAGGCACUAAGCAAUAACCUGGAGCAUCAGCUUGUUGACCAAGCCCAUAAAAAAACAGCAAGUGUUGCCAUCCCAGAAAAACGUGAUGGAAUCACAGACCCACAUGAUGCAGUGUGGGAGAUUAAAAACACUGGUUUUGAGGACGAUAAUGAUGAUGACUGGGACAUUUCCUCUCUAGAAGAUGUUCCUGUGGCACACACAUCCAGUUUUGCCCCUGUGAGGAAAAGCAUGGACAAGAGUAUUGACACCAGCACUAGUGUAUGGGGAACUUUUACUGGCACAGGACAAGAGCCAAGUCUUAAAGAUACUGGCACUGGCAGCACUCUGAAGAGCAGCAUUGUGACAGUUAGUGACUGGGAUGUCUCAGAUGGCACAAAAAUAUAAUGCCACUUGGUAAUGAGCAAUAAUAAUCCCAAAUAUUGACACAUGGAAUAAUAUGGACAAAAUGAUGUUGGCCCUGUGUGAAAAAGUGCUUGCCCCAGAAACCUAAUAACUGGUUGGGCCACCCUUAGCAGCAAGAACUGCAAUCAAGCAUAUGCGAUAACUUCCAAUGAGUCUGUUACAGCCCCUUUUUUGCUCCACUCAUCUUUGCACAAUUGUUGUAAUUCUGCCACAUUGGAGGGUUUUUGAGCAUGAACCACAUUUUUAAGGUCACGCCACAUAGGGCUGUAGCUAUCGAAUAAUUUAGUAAUCGAGUAUUCUACCAGGGGGCACGGUGGCUUAGUGGUUAGCACGUUCGCCUCACACCUCCAGGGUUGGGGGUUCGAUUCCCGCCUCCGCCUUGUGUGUGUGGAGUUUGCAUGUUCUCCCUGUGCCUCGGGGGUUUCCUUCGGGUACUCCGGUUUCCUCCCCCGGUCCAAAGACAUGCAUGGUAGGUUGAUUGGCAUCUCUGGAAAACUGUCCGUAGUGUGUGAUUGCGUGAGUGAAUGAGAGUGUGUGUGCCCUGCGAUGGAUUGGCACUCUGUCCAGGGUGUAUCCUGCUUUGAUGCCCGAUGACGCCUGAGAUAGGCACAGGCUCCCCGUGACCCGAGGUAGUUCAGAUAAACGGUAGAAUGUGAGUGAGUAUUCUACCGAAAAUUUCAUUGAGUAAUCGGAUAAAAUGUAUUUUUGCUUAAUUAAAGAGCAUUAUUAAAUAUACAAGAGAACAUAAGACGGGCCUCUUAAAAUGAACAACUAAUUCAGGGGUGGCCAACCCACGGCUCCCGAGCCACAUGUGGCUCUUACGUUCAUACCGAAGUUUUUACUAUUUGUGUCUUUUUAAUAUGCGUGUUCGCUUCGCUUGAGUUCAAUACGGUAUUUUCUUCAAACGCGCAUGUGAGUGGGAUGAAAAUACCUCAAAGUUUCCCUGUAGGAGCAAGAUCAUUUGAGUAAACAAUUUGUCAAGUUCGCUCUCAAAAUGGCAAGGAAAAAAGGUGAUGUUCAAGUGUGCCUAUGUGUAUGAUGUGGCUCUUUGCAGUAACACAGUAAAAAAUGUGGCUCUUGGUCUCUGACUGGUUGGCCACCCCUGAACUAAUUGGUUUCUUUUUUAGAAAAAUGAACUUUUAUGCAAUGCAUACAACAAUAUUUUCUAUCAAAAAUAAACAUUUAGAUAUUA